ACCCCCACAACUCGGAAUGGUACAAUCUUCACUUCCACACAAACAAGAUGGCCGCCGAUCCGUCGACUUCGGAGCCCGUGUCCAAAAAAGCUCGAACAGGCGAGGGUCUGGUGUCCACCUGGCCCAAGUUCACGCACAGGAUGAACCAGGAAGAAGUCAAGACCUUCUUCACGGAGACUGGGUACAUAAAGGUCCCUGAUUUUCUCUCGGAGGAUGAACUAGCGGCGCUGAACAGAGAACUGAUGCGGUACCGGCGGGACGUUGUGCCGAACAUCUCCAACAAGGACGUUUUCUACGAGGAGAAGGACAACCCCGACACCAUCAUCCGCCUGGAGAGGAUGCAGACAAACGACGACUUCUUCAAGGACCUGGGCCACUCUCCUGCAUUUAACGGACUGGCAGAUCUGCUGCUGGGGGAGGAGAUGGAGCCCAACAAUGUGCAGUUCUUCUCCAAACCACCAGGGGCAAAACCCACACCUCCUCACCAGGACGGCAAGUACUUCAUGCACGACAAAGGAAUCACGUUCUGGUUGGCGCUCGACGAUGCGGACGAGGAGAACGGCUGCCUGUACUACGUCCCCGGGACACACCUCAUGGGGGAGCUCCAGCACGAGAAGUCCACCGCACUGGGCUUCAGCCAGGGGCUGGCAGACUACAGCGCUGAGAUGCAGGAAAAAGAGGCCUGCAUGUCGGCAAAGAAAGGAAACACUAGUAUGGCAGAGAAGGAAGUUUGCAUGGCUGCCAAAAAAGGUUCCCUGCUGGGGCACCAUCCCUACACAGUACACAGGGCUGGCAAGAACAGCUCCUUGACCCGCUGGCGCCCUGCCCUGGGCCUGACCUACUGGGCCAAGUCCUGCCAACACGACGAGGAGCUCAAGAGGAGACACAAAGAGUACCAGAAGAAACUCCUGGAGGAGCUGGAGAACAAAGGGCGCAUCUAGGGGCAAAGGUCACCCCCUCAGGUCAAAGGGCAUCUUCGGUCAAAGGAAAUUUUAGUCCAUGUGUCCGUUGAGGUCUAAGAGCAAAAGCUGGAUCUAUAAUGUCAGGUUUCCUGACUGUAAUAUUUGAAAAGGUUGCAGGGAUUUAAAGAUGUCUCGGGUUAAAGGGCAUCUGAAGUCAAAGCAUACCUGUAUUACGAGUACAUUGUCAGACUACAACUAUAGCAUUGGAUGAAAAGCCUUUAGAAUCUUCUCAUUUUGUUGAUAUAGUUAUCACAGACAGGAGGACAUGUUUCUACCAGCUUUUGAUGGUGUGUAUAUUCACUUGUGAACUGGAUAUCUACUGAUUGUAUUAUUUUGUAGUUUUCUCCUUCGGCAUACAUGGACACCAGCUUUGUUACACACCAGCUUUGCACAAACCACUUGCUGCUCAGUGGAAGAUCUGCCCAAAGCUAUAGAGGAUAGGGAUGGAGGGAGAGAGAGAGAGUCUUGUUCAUCCGUGCAAACAGCACGACCAGAUGAUGAUGAUGGUGGUUAGGUUUUAAAUUGAGGCCCAAGAGAUAUGUUGAUAGGGUGUUUAGAGGAUUCUACUCAUUUACUGCUUCUUGUUGCUAAGACACUAUAUAUAUAGCUUAAUAUGCUUUUUCUUGCCAUGUGGAAAGAUUAUCCAAUUUCAGAGCUGUAUGAAAGUUCCCCUCUAUGGGCUUGUUAGUGGAAGGACUGCUAAAAGUAUGAUUCAUCAGAUUGAAAUUUAUACAGACAAGACUAGUCAAACCUGCUACAUUUUAGCAUGGGGUGCCUUAUAGGGUGAUGAUGUAAUUGUCAUUAUGUUAAUAUGACAUAUGUAUGUACAGAGGGAUGUUGUAAGAAUUUAGUGCUGAGCACAUUGUCAAUUGACUUGAACAUAUUAAAUUUCUUUCAGAGCACUUAUAA